AUGUGCUUUGCUUCUGACGACUCGUUUGUCAUGACCAAUGCUCUCUUCCGCCGCCAGCAAAAGAUUCGUUCCUACACCGGUGCGAUGCAUCACCAACCCGUUCGCCAGAACCAUCAUCGUCAUGUUCAAAUCUUUGCUGAGAAGCACAUCCUGCCGAUUAACACUCUGGAUCCCUAUACCUUCGCCUUCAUUGAUUCUGUGGACCCAAUUCCCCUCGUCAACAAUCUUGGGUGGCUUCCAAUGGGGGAUUCCCCACCUCGCAUCUACUGUCCGGCGGCAGUUCGGGAGUUCUUCUCCAAUCAUCGAACAAAUGGACUGGCGACGGGGAAGUUCACCACUCUGGUUUUCGGUAAUAUUCUCACUUUCUCUAUCGAUGAUCUUGCUCCAUUUCUGGUCCUGCCAAGUCUCGGCAAGAAACUUAUGAGUCCAUUGGAAUUCUGGUCCUACAAGUUUUAUCUGCACAAGGAAGCCAUGAAUCGUCCCUUUGCAGAGUUGGAUGAUUCUCUCAAGCUCCUCCACUACUACAUCAAUCGGGUGUAUUUUCCACGGACAGAGUCUUUGAAUGUCAUUCUUCCCCAUGACUGCUGGCAAUGCAGUCAAAAGCGCGAUUCUACCUAG